UUUCUCAAGAAAUUUUUUAAAAUUUUAUUUAAUCAGUUUUAUUUAAAAAAAGAAAAUGUUAAAUAGAUCUUCUUCAAGUAUUAAAAGUGACAGAAAUGUUUUUGCUACACCUAGAAGUGGAACACCAAGCUCAGUUUCUAGUCAAAUUCCGAGUGCCAAAUUAACCGUUGGAAUUGGUAAAAGAGUUCGUGAUAUUGUUGCUAUAUUUCCUCAAGGAGAGCCAGUUGAGCCUUCAAAGCUGUGUUUUUCUGAACAAUUGAAUCGGGCCGACAAAAAAGUUUUUACAAUGACGAGUUUAGCUAAUACUGAAUUUUCUUCAAAGCCUUUACAUAUUGACCAUGUUGGCAUUGAAGAACCACCAGGGAAUGGUUUUGAAUAUGUUUUGGCUAUAGUUGAUAGAAGAACAGGGCGCCCAAUUGAAUUUAAACCUGCUGCAUUAGUUAGUUUUCAACCGCGAUUUCAACCUGGGGAAGAAUUGUUAAAUGGACGAAAGUUUGUUUUUAGAAGAUUUUCAAAAAAAUUUUAUUUUUUCAGACGUAAAAGUGUUACCAAUUAUUCCCAAGAUUUUUCAAUGUCUUUUGAUGAAAUGAGAACUGAACGUAAUAAUUUGACAAAAAGUUUUGGAAGUGCAAAAAAUGUUAAAAAAUUGGAAGCAAAUAUUAGAAGGAGCAUUACAAAUGAAACACUAGACGCAAUGUCAACAACAGCUUUUUCUUCCCCAAAUACUUCAAUUAAGAAAGAAGAAUUUGAUGAUAGUAUUGAUUCUUUUUCUACUACUACAACUUUAGACGAUGACAAAUCUAAAUUAUUGUCUAUUUUGGAAAAGGGUACAAGUGGAAUGUUACCAAAACCAAAUUAUGACGCUAAAGUACCUUCUGACGUCUAUAAACUUGAUCAAUUUUUGCCUGAUAAUUUUGACCAAUUUAAAUCUGGAUAUGAACAAGAAUCUUUAAAAUAUUUUACAUCUGUGGAUUCUUUUCAAUAUUUAAUUAAUUUUGGUGUAUCCCCUCUAGUUGCCAAAAGAGUUGGUAUUCCUUCACGGCAUGCAAAUCCAGGAAUUCGAUGUACUAUUGCAUUAAAAAUGGUUGUCUUGUCAAAAUUUGUUCAGUAUUGUUUCAAAAAGAAAUCUAGAGCUUUGUCUAUAUCGCUUGGUGAUGUUGAAGCUUUUCAAUUACCUUCUUUAAUGAGUGAAUAUUUUAGAAAAAAAUAUUUGGGAGAAGGAACAGGCAAAAAUGCAAUAAAAUUCCAGAUUCCGGUAGAUAAGAAAAACCGUGCUUUAGUAGACCUUUUAUGUUUAUUACUUCUUUUUGAUGAGCCCGAUUUUAUGUUACCCUUAUCCCCGUUGGUACAAGAACUUGGGGUUAAUGAAACUAUGUUAAAGAAUUAUUUGACAGGAUUGGGUUGUAUGUAAGUUUUUUUUGGAAAAUUAAUUAAAUUGGGGAUAUGUUUAGCGGACAGUUUUUUUCUGCUGAUUUUUGGAAAUUUUUUUUAUUUUGACACACUUUUUUUUAUAACAAAAAAAUUCGAAAAAGUGUCCGGUCUUUUCAUAUUUCACU